CCUGCCCGUCAGGACGUAUUACAGUGUGUCGCGCUUCGAUAUUAAAAAAUUUGUUGUUUUGUUUUUGUUUUUAAUUUGGCAUCGUUCAUUUUCGUGCCGCCAUUUCAGUGAGUUGUGCGUUUAAAAUAAUAAUUAAAAAAAACAAACGAAUGUCACAUUGACCGCGUGUAUUGUACUCCGUGUUUGUUUUGGGGGAGGGGAUACAGUUCCGUGUGCUUCUAGUGUACGUGUUUUGUUUCAUUUUUGAAGUGCUCAAUUUCAAACAUUUUCAGCGCGGAUUUGCGGAUUUUUUUUGAAUCGAUUGGCGCCGCCGUAAGUAUGAUCCGUCGGCUGGAUUGGUCUGUCCGGAUUUGACACUGACCCAGACGCCCACACUUGCCACGUCCGCGUUGCGCUCGCUUCCGAUACGUUUUGCGCACCUCAUCCGCAUCUGCUCCCCCCCCCCCACCAUGGAUAAAAGACGCAACGUCAUGUCCCGUGCGCUGAGCUUCGCCAUCGCGGCAACCUUCGCUUUGCUGGCCGUCAACAUCGUCGACGCUGCGUCCGUCAUCGAAGAGAGAGUUUGCAUCGGUACCAAUGGCCGCAUGUCGGUACCGUCGAAUCGCGAGCAUCACUACCGUAACUUGCGCGACCGCUACACCAAUUGCACGUACGUCGACGGCAACCUGGAGCUGACUUGGCUGCAGGAUGAACACCUGGACCUGACGUUCCUGCAGCACAUCCGCGAGGUGACGGGCUACGUGCUCAUCUCGCACGUCGACGUCAAGCGCAUCGUCCUGCCGGCUCUGCAGAUCAUCCGCGGACGGACGCUGUUCAAACUGAGCGUCCACGACGAGGAAUUCGCCCUGGUCGUCACCUUGUCCAAGAUGCACAAUUUAGAAAUGCCCGCCCUCAGAGACAUACUGGCCGGUAGUUGCGGCUUGUUCAACAACUACAACCUGUGCCACAUGAAGACCAUCAACUGGGAAGAGAUCAUCACGGGCACCGGCUCCAAGAUCAUCAACGUCUACAAUUUCACGGAGCCGGAGCGCGAAUGCCCGGCGUGUCACGAAUCGUGCGAGGCCGGCUGUUGGGGCGAAGGCCCCGAAAAUUGCCAGAAGUUCUCCAAGAUCAAUUGCAGCCCUCAGUGCCAUCAAGGACGCUGUUUCGGACCGAGGCCGCGGGAAUGUUGCCACUUGUUUUGCGCCGGCGGCUGCACCGGCCCCAAACAAAGCGAUUGUCUGGCUUGUCGCAAUUUCUUCGACGAUGGCGUUUGCAAUCAAGAAUGUCCGGCCAUGCAGCGCUACAAUCCGAUCACGUACUCGUGGGAGACGAACCCGGAAGGCAAGUACGCCUAUGGCGCCACCUGCGUCAAAACGUGUCCCGAGCAUUUGCUGAAGGACAACGGCGCCUGCGUCCGCAUUUGCCCGGCCAAGAAGAAGGCCGUCAACGGCGAGUGCGUCGUCUGCGACGGGCCGUGCCCCAAGACGUGCCAGGGCGUCGACAUCGUUCACGCGGGCAACAUCGAGAGCUUCCGCGAUUGCACCGUCAUCGAAGGAUCCAUCUCGAUCCUGGACCAUUCGUUCGGCGGCUUCCAGCAGAUCUAUCCGAAUUUCACGUUCGGCCCGCGCUACCCGCGGCUCCAUCCCGACCGGCUCGAGAUCUUCUCCACCUUGCAGGAAAUCACGGGGUUCAUCAACGUGCAGGCGUCGCACCCGGACUUCAAAAACUUGUCCUACUUUCGAAAUUUGGAGACGAUCGGCGGACGCCAGUUGACCGAGUACUUCUCGGCCUUGUACAUCGUCAAGACGUCGCUCAACUCGCUGCACCUGCGCUCGCUGAAGAUGAUCCGGGCCGGCAGUGUGACCAUCCUGGAGAACAAGGAGCUCUGCUUCGCCGAGAGCAUCAGCUGGACGAAGAUCAUCAAGUCGCAGCUGCACGGCACGCUGUUGCAGAACAACAAGGUGUCGCAGCAGUGCCAAGAGUCGGGCCUGGUCUGCAGUGCCCAGUGUUCGGUCGAGGGAUGCUGGGGCCUGGGACCCAACGAGUGCCUUUCCUGCGCCCAUUUCCAGCUGGACGAAACGUGCGUCGAGAGUUGCGAUCUGAAUUUGGGAAUUUACGAGCUGACGCCGAAACUGUGCAAACAUUGUCACCACGAGUGCGAGGAGACGUGCACAGGCCCGGGCCCUGGCAACUGCACCGUUUGCAAACACGUCAAAGACGGGCCGUACUGCGUGCCGGCCUGUCCGACCAGCAAGUUCAACGACAGCGGCGAGUGCGUGUCGUGUCACGAUAACUGCGUCGGUGGUUGCACCGGACCAGAAAACAACAUUGGUCCGCGAGGUUGCCACUCUUGCGAAAAGGCUGUCAUCAACGGCGAUGUUGAAGUGGAUCAUUGCCUGAAAAAGAACGAAACGUGCCCAGAUGGUUAUUACUACGAAUGGGUUGGACCGCAGGAGCAAGGGCCGCUGAAACCGUUGGCCGGCAAAGCCGUCUGUCGCAAAUGCCAUCCGCGAUGCAAAAGGUGCAUCGGUUACGGCUUUCACGAACAGGUGUGCCAAGAAUGUGUCAAAUACAAACGAGGCGAGCAAUGCGAGGACGAAUGUCCUCAGGAUCAUUACGCCGACGAAGAGAGACACGAGUGUUCGAGGUGCGCCAGCGAAUGCCGCGGAUGCAGCGGACCCAACGUCAAUCAGUGCCAGAGCUGCCGAAAUUAUCGCGUCUACCUGUGGCCGGGCGUGAUGGAGCCGCUGACGAACGCGACGCAGUUCAACUGCACGGCCAAUUGUCCGGCCGAAGCGCCGCACAAGAUCUUUCCGGCCGACGGAGGCGACCCGUAUUGCGCCAAAGAGCCGGUGGUCAAUCCGCUGGUGAACGGCGACGAGGAGCACAUCGCCGCCAUCUUGGGAGGGGUCAUCGGUUGCGUCACGCUGCUCGGCGUCUUCCUGGCCUGCUUCGGCUACCACUGGCACCAGCGGGCCAAGUCGAAAGAGAACACGGCCAAGAUGACGAUGGUCAUGAGCGGCUACGAGGACAGCGAGCCGCUGCGGCCCAGCCACGUCAAGCCCAACCUGGCCAAACUGCGCAUCGUCAAAGAGGCCGAACUGAGACGGGGAGGCAUCCUGGGCUACGGCGCCUUCGGCACCGUCUACAAGGGCGUCUGGGUGCCGGAAGGCGAGAACGUCAAAAUCCCGGUGGCCAUCAAAGUGCUGCGCGAAGGCACCGGCUCCAACACCAACCGCGAAAUCCUCGACGAGGCCUACAUCAUGGCCAGCGUGGAGCAUCCCAACCUGCUCCAACUGCUGGCCGUCUGCAUGACGUCGCAGAUGAUGCUCGUCACCCAGUUGAUGCCGCUCGGCUGCCUGCUGGAUUACGUGCGCAACAACCGCGACAAGAUCGGCUCCAAGCCGCUGCUCAACUGGUGCACGCAGAUCGCCCGCGGCAUGGCCUACCUGGAGGAACGGCGGCUGGUCCACCGUGACCUGGCCGCCCGCAACGUGCUCGUUCAAAAUCCGGCCUGCGUCAAAAUCACCGACUUCGGGCUGGCCAAGUUGCUGGACAUCAACGAGGACGAGUACAAAGCGGCCGGUGGCAAAAUGCCCAUCAAGUGGCUGGCCCUCGAGUGCAUCCAGCACCGCAUUUUCACGCACAAGAGCGACGUCUGGGCCUUCGGCGUCACCGUCUGGGAGCUGCUGACGUACGGCGGCCGGCCGUACGAGAACGUGCCGGCCCGCGAAGUGCCCGAUUUGCUGGAGAAAGGCGAACGGCUGCCGCAGCCGCCCACCUGCACCAUCGACGUCUACAUGAUUAUGAUCAAGUGCUGGAUGCUGGACGCCGAAAGCCGACCCAGUUUCAAAGAGCUGGCCGAUGAGUUUGCCAAAAUGGCUCGCGAUCCGGGUCGUUAUCUGGUCAUUCCGGGCGAUAAAUUGAUGCGCCUCCCUUCCUACUCUCCUCAGGAUGAAAAAGAGUUGAUCCGGAAUUUGUCGUCGUCGAUGGACGGCCCGGAAGUCAUAAUGGAUGCCGAAGAAUAUUUGCAACCGAAAUCGAGAUGCCCGUUGCCUUCCGGUUCGAACGUGACGUCCGACACGCCGCUACCGCCACCUACCCCCGUCAAGAAAUACGCGGCCAGCAGCACGGGCGGCGGCGGUGGCAGCAGCAUCGCCAACGGGUCGGAACACGCUGGCGUUUACGGCGCUGAAGGCUUCUCCAGUCAGGGCAGUCACAGGACGGCCAGUCCGUCCUCUUCGACGAGGAUGGGCGCCGUCGGCCAGCACCACCACCCCCACCACCUGACCGGUCUACCCGUCGGCCACCAUCCCGGCGGGUUUCAUCCGUCGCAGCAGCUGCAACAGCAACAUUCGCGCGACAGCGGCGGGCCCAGUCUGCGCUACUGCAGCGAUCCGUUGCAGCUCAUCGGCAAAGAAUUAGAAGCGGCGAUGGAAGACAGGCGAUUGCCGCAUUAUCUGCCCGGUGUCAAGACGGGAGCGCGAGUGGGCAAUCUGAAAUUGGAUCUACCUGUUGACGAAGAUGACUACCUGAUGCCAUCACCUCAGUCGACUCAGCCUCACCAUGCUGGUUACAUGGAUCUGAUUGGCGACGCCAAACUAGGAGAUAACGGAGAUCUGAGCAGCGGAGAUUAUCACGCGCGAUCCAUGCCGGACUUUGUCAAGAGCCUGCCGGCCAUUAAGCGGAUGUCGGGCAUGCAUCCGACGUUGCCGCUCAGUAUGGACAAUCCCGAGUAUCACAUGAUGAACAAUCAGGACGUCAACACGCUCUACAAUCCUUCGUCGCCCAGCUACCAGCUGUCGCCGACGUCGUCCGUCUCUAGCGGCCUGCCCGUCGGCAAUGGCGCCACCUUGGGCAUACCGGUCAACAGCCUGGGCGUCGGCACGACGGCCUCCUCCUCUUCCUCGUCGUCCGGCUCGGCCACCGUCCAGUUCCCGACGGGCGCCUUCGGGCCGCGCUACCUGACGCAGCGCUCGUCCGAAGAGGAAGGCUCCGAUCACGACUAUUACAACGACUUGCAGCGCGAAUUGCAACCGCUGCAGCCUCUCAAAAGAAACGAAACUACCGUCUGACCACACCUUUUGUACUUGUAUUCUUUCAACAAAAAAAUCAUUUUCGAGGUGAAAACUUUGUAUCUAUAUUUUAUAUAUAUAUAUAAUCGAGCCAAUCUUUCAUUAUCUUGCUAUCUUAUUCGUAAUAAAAAGGAAACGAAAACAAAAACAAACAAAAAAAAUAAUAAGAGGUUACCAUAAUUUGAAUACGUGUGUGUGUGUGUGAUGAGAGCAAUUUCAUUUUUUUUUUUUUUUUUCAAAAAUCUAUUUCCAGUUGAUGUGUCUGUGUUUGCGAUGACGUGCGACAAUGUGUGCCAAAUGUUGAUUGCCUUUUUUGUUUUCCCCCCAUUGAUUGCCAAUAUCGCGGACCAUUUUUUUCACCUGUGGAAGGGGAUUGCUUCCAUUUAAAAAAAUCAUUUCUCUUCAAUGACGUCUUUUUAAACGACCGUUUUUCUCCCAGUGAUACUCAAAAGACAACAACAAUUUCCUUUCCUUUCUCCAAUCGAGCACAAAAAUGUCGACCCCAUUUGAGGAUGACGUUUCACGUUCGCGCCUUUUUUGUUUACACAAAAAAAAACAAAAAAUCGAUGUAGAUGAAUUUCAAAAUAAAAAUUAAGACGAACGCUGAUUGUUAUGUGUCUUCCCUUCCUUCAAUUGUUUUCUUUCUUUUUUUAAAAAACUCCAAGCGAGCCAUUCAGUGCCUAUAUAUAAAUAAUGAUAGUAUACGUGUCUGAACGUGUUUUGUUUGUCUGCGUGCGUGUCUUGGUCUGAUUGAUUUUGCUAUUGCCGCCCCCAUUGUACCUACACACAUGAGACCAUUUUUUUUUUUUUUUUUGCUUUUUCCAUCAACUUUGUUUUGAUUUUUUCCCUCUCAUUUUUUUUUAAAUUUAAACUAUUCAAUUUGUACAGUGAAACACACAAAUAAAAGUGCGAUGCGAUCAACGGUGGA